AUGCACCCAUUCUCGUCCCUGACUAUCGGCAUCUUCGUUGCUGGUUAUAUCACUGCACGUUGGGAUCUCGUCACCCGACUCUACGAGUUGGCCAUUUUUGCUUGGGAUCACGGGGUUAUCACCCGGGCGGCCAAAGCCUUUGUCAUAAUCUCCUUGAUCUUCGCCCUCAUCGCAAUCCCUCUGGACCGACUCGCAGCGCAGGAGGCAGCAGUUGUGGGUUGA